AUGGCGCCACGCCCCCUUACGUCACGCCAAGCUCCCCGCACGUCGGGGCACGCCCAUUUACGUCGGGGCACACCCCUGCCCGCCUCGCGGAGCUACGUCAGAGAGGAGUCUAACUGCGGCUGCGCGCGGGGCCGGGGGCGGGGCGGGGAACAGGAGCAGGAGCCGCCGCUGACUGCCCCCGCCCACCAGAGGCCCCGCCCCCUGCUCUCAGGCCCCGCCCCCAGGCCCCCUGAGGACCCGUCCCAUUGGUCCCCCCGAGGCCCCGCCCCUAGGCCUCCCUUGGCCCCGCCCCCGGCUUCCGGAGACCCCGCCCCGCCCCGCCCCCUCGUUCCUUCCGGAGGCCCCGCCCUCUUCUCCCAGGGCCCGGCCCCCUCUGUCUCCCGGAGGCCCCGCCCCUUUCUCCCGGAGGCCCCGUCCCAUUGGUUCUCCCGAAGCCCCGCUCCCUCGGUCCCCCGGAGGCCCCGUCCCAUCGGUCCUCUCAAAGCCGCGCCCCCUUCUCCGGGAGGCCCCGUCCCAUUGGUCCUCCAGAAGCCCCUCCCCCAUCAGUCCCACGGAGGCCCCGUCCGAUUGGUCCUCUCAAAGCCCCGCCCCGGCUCCCGGAGGCCCCGCCCCAUUGAUCCUCCCGGCGGCCCCGCCCCCGGCUCCCGGAGCCCCCUUCCCAUUGGUCCUCCAGAAGCCCCGCCCCCUCGCCCCCCCCCCGCCCCGGCUCCCGGGGGCCCCGUCCCAUUGGUCCUCCCGGAGGCCCCGCCCCCCGCGUCCCGGAGACGCCUUCCCAUUGGUCCUACCGGAGGCCCCGCCCCCCGGAGGCCCCGUCCCAUCGGUCCUCUCAAAGCCGCGCCCCCUUCUCCGGGAGGCCCCGUCCCAUUGGUCCUCUCAAAGCCCCGCCCCCGGCUCCCGGAGGAAACGAUUUCAUACUGCUAA